UUCAAUAUUUAAGUAUUUAUCAUUUACAGUUAUCCACAAAAAUGCACUCUCCAGCCAGAUGCAACUAACUAUUCAAACAUUUGAAUCAAAAUUUAUGAAUAUUAGCCUACUGACAAAACGUUUUUUGGUUAAAUAUGUUCAUUCAUUUUUCAUGAUUUUAUUAUCAAUUAUCGUAGGGGCAUUGUGCACUAAUAAUAUGGUCAGAUUUGAUUUAAUGUGGACAGAACCCAGUCUGCUAUCAGAAAUUCCUUUCUUUAAUUCUCCAAGACAGCCUAAAAUUGAGGUUGAGGUAUAUCAGGUUUGUUCAAAUCCACGAGGUCAUCAAAACAAAGAGUGUUUGGUGAAAGAUAAACUUUAUAAGAUUUAGAUAAACUAAAAAAACAGUUUGUCGUUUAUUGGUCGUGACAACCUGUCGAGAGGAUCCAUGUCGAUAAACCACAGGCGGACGCGAUUUAUUUAUAUUUGCACGCCCACGUGACGUUUGAAAUGUGACACUGCCCAGGACGUGCUAACGAGACUGUCAUACGGAGAGGACUUUUAUUUAUGGUAUGGUAAUCAGGUCAAGGAAUAAGACACACAUCCUUGAUCUAGUGAAUUAACGCUGGUGGCUGUGGUCUAUUUAUGCUGAUACUAGAAUGCAGUUUUCUACUGCUGGGGGACAUGUAGCAGGCGCAGUGCUGCUGGCAGCUGUGGUGGCGUGGUUGGUUUGCAGUGUGAGUUCUAAUACACGAGUCGGUUGUGGAGUUCGACACCUCCAACGUCCAAGGAGAAUUAUCGGGGGACAAGCUUCGCUUCCUCAUUCCUGGCCGUGGAUGACACAUAUUAAGUUGGGGUAUUCCGGAGACCCGUGUGCCGGGUCCUGUGGAGGAAGCCUCAUUGCGCCCCAAUGGGUACUUACAGCGGCACAUUGCUUGUACACGGCAAAGACGUGUAGCUCACACCGAAAGUGGAAAUUGUCGGAAAUUUCAGUCUACCUUGGUCUCCAUGAUACGGACAACCUGGCAUCAGCCGUGCACAGGCGCGUAAAGCGGACAAUUCCUUUUCCUCGAUACGACAAUUCAGCCCACGAUUACGAUGUAGCAUUGCUACAGCUGUCUGCUGCAGUGCGGUAUCGUGAAGAGGUUAGUCAUGUCUGUUUGGCCGAAGAAUCCACCGAAAUAAAUGAUGGGGACCAGUGCUUGGUAAUUGGACGUGGAACAGUGAACGUGUGGCCGAAAUUUCCAACUAAAAUUCUAAGGGAAGCCGUCGUAGAUUUUCUAUCGGCAGUAUCCUGUAGAAACCAAACUCUUCAUUUAUCAGAAAGCAUUACCGACAAUAUGCUGUGUGCAGCCGGAAAAGGAAGAGAUGCAUGUACAGGAGAUUCUGGAGGCCCACUUAUGUAUCAAGUCACCGCUGGUCAUUGGUCAGUUUGGAAGCAGAUAGGAGUCGUCAGCUGGGGUGUAGGGUGCGCACACUCAAGGUAUCCGGGUGUCUACACAAGUAUUCCGAAGUUUUAUAACUGGAUAAUUAGAGAGACCAAUCUGAUACCGGACUGUUCCGGGUUUGGCUGUGACCAGUACUGCAGUCAGCCAGACCCAAGGUUCCCACCCGUCUGUCACUGCAAACUUGGAUACACCUUACAGCCCGACCACAAGAGUUGUGAAGAUAUUGACGAGUGCUCGCUGGACCACGGUUGUACCGACAUCUGUAUCAAUCAGCCUGGCAGAUACGCAUGCGCGUGCCAUCCCAAUCGAACCUUGUCAAACGAUCUCCACACUUGCUCAGACAGCAGACAGUUCAUCUGUCCUAAGCCACACGCCCCGUUGUACGGCUUCAGCAGCUGUGACCGACCACGCUACAAAAUGGCAUCGAGUUGCGAAAUGAAAUGUCUGACGUCCGGUUUUAUAAUGAACGGAAAUUCGAUCUCUGUGUGUGGAGAACACGGCGUUUGGACACCUCCAGUUGCCACUUGUGAAGAUAUAGAUGAAUGUUCUGAUAAUAACGGCGGAUGUGAAAGCGAGUGCUACAACUAUCCGGGAGGCUUUUCUUGCGGUUGUCAAAGGUCUGGAUUUGCACUUCAGACAGAUGGAAGAAGUUGUGCUGAUAUAUCACCUCCAGUUUUUACCAAAUGUCCGAGUUCGUUCACCGUUAGCACAAAUCUAGGCUGUAGUUAUGCAACUAUUCGUCUAGGUCAAGUUAACUUUUCUGACAACGUGGAAGCACGGCUAACUUACGCCUCACAUACUCAAGAUGUUGUGAAUGUCACUCUUGGUUCACAUACAGUCCUUUAUGUCGCAAGGGAUGAAGCUGGUAAUACUGCAGAGUGCAGUUUUCAAAUAACGGUGUUAGACUUGGAGAAACCCCAAAUCAAAAACUGCCCCACCCAUGUGCACAAGUUUGCUGACACAAACUGGCAAAAGAUUCACGUAACUUGGGAUAAUAUAGAAUUCCACGAUAAUUCUGGGAAUUACACUAUGGUUAACAAUGCACCCGUGGAUAACAUGUUUGCCAUAGGACGCCACAAUAUAUUGUACGAAGUAACAGACUCAAGUGGGAAUUUUGCUCAAUGUGGAUUCAAAGUCAUCGUUAAAGUUCGAAAUUGCCCCAUUCUUCCAACGCCAGCAAAUGGACACUUGGUGUGCGAUUCCUGGUUUCUGGGACAUUUUUGUGAAGUUCAUUGUAAUACUGGUUUUAAGCGAGUUUCAGCGGCGACUUACGUCUGUGGCAUCGGCGGAAAAUGGCUUCCGUCAAACACUGGCCCAGAAUGCACCAGUAAAUAAAAACCUGUGAUGUCACAAAUAUGUGACUUUCUUGGAGAUGUGUUUGGGGAACAUAAUAGCCCAUUCAUUCUCUCUCUCUCUCUCUCUCUC